GCCCUCGCGGUGCAGAGCCGACAGAAGCUCUGCCCUCGGGGGCGGAGCGGCUCCGCUCGGUACAGCCAGCUCCAUACAAGGUGAGGCCGAGUGCUGACGCGAGCUGGCCGCACAAUAAAAUCCCCCCACCCUAGCACAGCCCUGCCCGCCGUGCGGAUCGAGUCCAUCUGAAACAGAGGCGAGCCGCAGCCGGCAUCGUCCCCGCUCAGGAUGUCCCAAUUCCGGAUCAGUCUGCGCGGCCCGGCGCCCUGGGGCUUCAGGCUGGUCGGGGGCAAGGACUUCGAGCAACCGCUCACCAUCUCCAGGAUAACUCCAGGGAGUAAAGCGGAGGCUGCCAAGCUGUGCGUUGGGGAUGUAAUCUUGGACAUUGAUGGUGAAAAAACUGAUGGAAUGACACACUUGGAUGCUCAGAACAAGAUCAAAGGAUAUGGAGAUGAGCUGACGUUCCUGAUUUCCAGGUCUGAGUCGAAAAUUUGGUCACCUCUGACUAAUGAGAAUGGAAAGUCGCAUCCGUAUCGGAUGAACUUGGCAGCUGAUCAUCAGAGACCAGCUCAGUUUCAGCGCGCAUUCAGUCUAGUAAAUCCAUCCGUUAGACGCACGUCCAGUGGCAGCAGCCCACUUUCUCCUACUGGGUUCUUUCGAGCUCCCCUUGCCUCUGUAUAUGCUCCAUCUUCCUCUUGCUCGCCAUCAGCUUUCCGCAGGAGGCACAGCACCUCCUCCAUCCCGAGCCAACUCCGGGUCGGACCCGAGGAGCUGAAGGAAGCUGCCCAGUACUGUCCAGCAGGUCCGGUGGAAGUGGAAGUGCCAGGGCUUCGAGUGGUUCACACUCAGUUUAAUUCUCCUCUGCAACUUUAUUCUCAGCAAAACAUUAUGGACAGUUUGCAGGGACAGAUCUCAACCCUAAGCCCCACUGCUGGCAGUUUGGAACCAAUGAAACUGCCAUGUAAGCCCGUGGUGGACACAGAGUCUGAAGUUUACAAAAUGCUACAGGAAAACCAGGAAACAGAGGAGCCGCCUCGACAGUCAGCCUCGUUCCGUGCACUACAGGAGAUCCUGGAAAGCGAGGCCAAUGGACAGACUGAGAAACCGUCUGGGUUCCGAAAAGUAAAGGCUCCUGCGACCAAGGUUGGCUCGACGGUGGGAAGUGCACAGAAGCUGCCUGUGUGUGAGAUCUGUGACACCGGGAUAGUGGGAAUGAUUGUGAAAGUGCGCGACCAGUUCCGCCAUCCAGAAUGCUAUGUCUGCUCAGACUGCGGAACAAACCUGAAGCAGAAGGGACACUUCUUUGUGGGGGAUGCCAUCUACUGUGAGCAGCACGCCAGGGAGCGAUCCACGCCUCCUGAGGGUUAUGAUGUCAUUACUGUCUUCCCAAAGUCAUAACAUUUCCCUGUGAACAUAAACCUGUGGAAUAACCGGCUAAGUUUGCAUGCCUACCUAUGUACAUGAACUACUUUUCACACACUUUUAAAAAAAAAGUAAUGGAUUCCUGUAAUCACUUAGUACAAAGGCUUCUGUAAUGCAAUGAGGUGCAAUUAAACUACAGAUGUUUA